GGGAAAUUAAGAAGAAAAAGAAGAAGAAGCAUGCAGGCUACAAGGGUUCCUAAAGAAGAGGCAGUUGAUAGAGAGGGGCUCAAAUAUGUUGAGAAUCCCGCUGGUGAAAAACUUCUUCUAUCUGGUGGGGAGGCAGCACAAACACGUUGGCCAGCACCUACGUCUCCCAUCAUCAAGUCCUCAAGCCACGAAACUAACCACAGUCACAACCACGAGCAUGAGCACGAGCACGAACACGACCAUCACUACAACGAGCUUGAACAUCACCACAAAAAGUCGGUUCUAGCAAAGGUGAAAGAAAAGGCGAAGAAAUGGAAGCAAGUGCUUACCAAGAAGAAACAUGGUCACGAAGGCGAAGGAAACAUGACUCCAAUGAGUCCAAUCAAUUUGGAUGUAGAUGACGAGGGCAUAGACCAAGACCCCGAGUACUACGGCGCUCCAAUGUACGAGUCCGAGACUGCACCUAAGAUGUAUAAGGAGCGAGCCCAGCGGCUUCAAGCAUCAACUCCAAGUCCUAGAACACCAACACCAGUCCUUGAUCACUCUCCAAAACCUGUCCUUAAUCAUUGUCCAGUGAUCGAUCUUCGCCCUACCACUCUCGUCGAGGCUCCUCCAACCACACAUUCUCAAGAACCAAACUCGACAUUUCAUCAUUCUGAAGCCACCAGCGAACCCAAGCUACAUCACCUUGACUCAUUUAAGGAAUCAUCAAUGGAACUCAAUUCGAUGUUUCCUGCAAAUUCACAUACACUGGCGACAGAGACCAAAGUGAAAGAGGAAGAGACUGAUAAUGUAAAAAUUAGCAGCAAAACAAUGUCACAGACUGUAACAGAAAUUUUAGCACCGGCAUAUAAUGCAGUAUCGGAUGCUACCAGUAAAAUUGCUGCAACAAUACAGAGCCCAGUAGAUGAGACAGGAGCAAAGAUGAUGUGGGAUAAAGGCAUAUCGGUAAAAGAGUAUUUAUUGCAAAAAUUGGAGCCUGGUGAAGAAGAGAGAGCUCUUUCUGAGGUUAUCACCGAAGCCAUCAGUCCGAAAAAAUUAGGAGAGGAACUGAGCGUUGUUGAGAAAGUAAAGGGCGCUGUGUCUUCGCUCCUUGGAAAAGAAGAGCAGCAAAUGGAGAAUCAAGAAGUCAAAAUUCAUCGAACAUCAAGGCCUCUCUUUAAACAAAGUGAGGACAGGUCGAUUCUAUCGCCUAAAGACUUAUACCAGCAAGCUUCAAUGGCUAGAGAUGGUCAUGGAAUUUUGAGCACGGGAAAUGCACAUGCUCAUAAAGUUUCUAUACUAGAGCCGAAGCAUGGUCGUGGAGAUUCAUCACCUCUUCCAGUCUCGACAAAUCCUUCCGUGGUGGUUCCAGUGUCAAAAAAUUCAUCAACCAUGUCAAUGUCUAUGAAUCAGCCAGCAGUUUCGGUGUCAACUGUUUUGGUCUCUACAAACCCUCAUGCAGAAGUUGAAGAAGCAAAUGGAAGGAGACUCCAACCAAACUGAAGACAAGUAAAGAUAAAAGACAUUCUAGACCUCUGAAUGAUGCCAAUAGCGGGCUCAGCAUAUAUUAGAAUAGAAUGGAUGCAGCCAUUUAUCCAAGUCAAGCUUCAGCCUGCUGUCUUGCUUCAUCUACAAUUUCCUUUCGUCAAGUUUAUUUGUACUUUGUAUAUGUUUGGUGCAGGAUAUGUUGACUUUUUUUAAUUCUAGUUACGAUAUUGUAAUUGGGUUUUACAUAGAUGGAUACAUCAUUUUGAAUAACACAGGGAAAAAAAAAUAACAGUGUAUAAAGUUAAAAUCUAUGUAUCCUUCAUUUAUAACAACCAAUCCUCGCUCCAUAAUAUAUUUGGAGACUAGUGCUUGUACCUUU